CCAUCGUUUCGCGGCAUCACAAUUUGGUUGCUUUGUAACUUCUGGUGAUUUAUUUACCGCUCAGUAAAUUUUCGUACAACUGUUCCUUCGCUCUUCCAGUUUUUUGCAAUUCCCCCUCGAGGCAGUUUUAAGCAAAGCAGAUUUUAUUUUUUUCUACCUGCGCACCACUCGCCGAGUAACUUCCCAAAAUGGUGGCACACAACAACGUAUUGCCAAAUGUUCACCUGCACAAAUGGUGGCAAAGGUAUGUAAGAGUAAACUUCAGUAAAAACAUAAAAAAGAAAAAGAGAAGAUUGUUAAGAGAAAAGAGAAGAAAGGCAAAUGAUGGAACCCCCAUUGAAAAAUUGCAUCCCAUAGUGCAGUGCCCAACGCAAAGGUACAACUUCAGAUCCAGACUUGGAAGAGGUUUCACCCUGGCGGAAUUGAAGGGAGCCAAGUUAAAUCCCCUGGCAGCCCAAAGCAUAGGAAUCUGUGUUGACAAAAGGAGAAAAAAUAGAUGCGAAGAAACUUUAAAGAAAAACAUCGAGAGAUUAGAGAAGUAUAAGAAGUGCCUAGUUAUGAUCCCCUUGAAGAAUAUCAAAUCUAAAAAUGGCAUUGGAGGAAUACCAGCGGACUCCAGCAAAGAAGUAGUUAAAGAAUUAAAGAAGAAGAAACAAUUACGUAGCAUCUUCAAGAAGGAAAGAAACACCAAGCCGUUCUAUGAGUCCAUAGAGGUGUCCAAGAUAGAUAAAUCCUACUUGGCAUAUAAGACGUUACGUAGAGCUAAGCUAACCGAGAGAAGAAAGAACAAACAGCAACAGAAAAAAGACUUAAAGAGAAAGUCGAAGGAUAAUUGAUAGAUUAUACCCCUGCAUGUAGCAUUUGCAAAAAAGGAGGAAACAGAUAAAGGGACACAGGAAAUGUGCAUGCUGUUUUUUAUCUCUUCAGUUAUCCCCUACGUAUAACAGCUUUUGCAAAACUUGCCCAACUGAUAUACAGUCACAUUUUUAAUACCUUUUUUAUUUUACACUUUUCUUUUUUUUUACCCCUACGUAAACAACUAACAGUUUAACAAAAAAAAAAACAGAACAUAAAAAAACAAACAAUAC